AUGGGUGGCUUGCAGGGGCGCAGGAACUGGGGAUUGCCGCGGACCACCGACUGGACGAGCGAUGUGGUUGCCAACGGAGCGAGAGCUGCCUCAUGUCCAAGUCACGUGAGGCGCUGGGUCCCCUUCGCUCAGCGCCAGCAGGGCCCCUUCCGGAGCACCGUGCCCGCCUCUGGGCCCCACCGUGUGAAGGUGCAGGCCAGCGGGAAGGGGCUCGGAGGAGAGCCACACAGUGGGGUAACCGGCUUGCUCCAGGAGGCCCCGUGCGGGACGCCCGAUCCGGAGGCGGGGAAGGGCCGGGGCGGCAGGGGGCGCCUGCCUCAGCACUGGUGCCAGGCGCAGGGGCCGGGGCCCCCGCAUGCCGGGGGUGCGUCCUGCGGGGCCAGAGCGACGCCCCCUCGGCUUGGCCGGGUGCUGUGCUGCAGGGCUGGCCGGCUGGCAGCUGCGCGGGCCACCUGCCGCGUUCUCUGGCUCGCUUGCCCACGCUUCUCGCCCUGGUGCCGCCAGCUGCUGCCUGCCCGCCUGCCUCUUGACGCGGCCGGAGGCAGCCAGCUGCCGUGGAGCGCAGCCCUGAGGUGGGGGGCUGCCGCCACUGGUUCCCAGGGGGGUCCGGGCCGGCCCCCGCCCCCUCUGGGCCUCCGUUGCGGCUCUCCUGAAACGGGAGAUGCACUGCCGUCGGUGGCAGAGGCUCCGCGCGGCACGUGGGCCGGAUCCCUGCAGCCUGGCCGGGCGGGGCAAGGGGAGAGGAGGCGGCUGCCCCCCCCCUCACGGCGCCUCUCGCUGCAGGUGAGGCACCGCCAGUCGGGCCAGAUCAUGGUGCUGAAGAUGAACAAGCUGAUGAGCAACCGGGGCAACAUGCUGCGUGAGGUGCAGCUCAUGAACCGCCUCUCCCACCCCAACAUCCUCCGGUUCAUGGGGGUCUGCGUGCACCAGGGCCAGCUGCAUGCGCUGACGGAGUACAUCAACGGGGGGAACCUGGAGCAGCUGCUCGACAGCCCCACGCCGCUGCCCUGGUCCGUGCGCAUCAAGCUGGCCCUGGACGUCGCCCGCGGCCUGCGCUACCUGCACAGCAAGGGCAUCUUCCACCGCGACCUCACCUCCAAGAACUGCCUCGUGCGGCACGAAGACAACGGCUACAUGGCCGUGGUGGGCGACUUCGGCCUGGCAGAGAAGAUCCCCACGUACAGCGAGGGCGGCGAGAAGGAGCCCCUGGCCGUGGUGGGCUCCCCCUACUGGAUGGCGCCGGAGGUUCUUCGCGGGGAGCUGUACAACGAGAAGGCGGACGUCUUCGCGUACGGCAUCAUCCUCUGCGAGACCAUUGCCCGGGUGCCGGCCGACCCCGACUAUCUGCCCCGCACCGAGGACUUUGGCCUUGACGUGGACGCGUUCUGCAGCCUGGUGGGCGCCGACUGCCCAGCAGCCUUCCUCCAGCUGGCCUUCCACUGCUGCAGGAUGGAGCCCACCGCACGGCCCUCCUUCCAGGAGAUCACGCAGCGCCUGGAGGCGGCCCUGGGGCAGCAGCUUGUGGCCGGUGUGCCCAGCCAGGCUGCCCUGCAGGGCGAAGGCAACCUUGCGCCUCGGAGCCCGGCGGCGGCCGCAGCACUCAAUGGGAGGGCAGCCACAGGGGACGCGCCCCUCACGGCGCCACGCCGCCCACUGGACCAGCAGCUGCUGCCCCCGGACCAGCGCCUCUCCCGCAGCCAGUCCGACAUGCUCCCGCCCCGCGGCCAGGACACCCCGCAGCGGGUCAACCCCUUCUCCCAGCGCCAGGACCUCCGUGGGGGCAGGAUCAAGCUCUUCCACCCGCCCAGCAAGUCGCUCAUUUCCUUGACCUUCGACCUGCCGCCCCCCUCGCCCUUCCCCCCCGGCACCCCCAUCACGCCGGAGCCCGCGGUGGAGGCGCAGUGCGACUUCGCCGCCCCCGCCACCCCCUUGCGCCGCUGCCGCUCCCUGCCGGCCUCCCCGGAGCCGCCCCGUCGCGGGCGGGCCCCCCAGCCCCCCGGCAGUGACCCCCUCUCGCCGGACAGCGGCGGCCCCGAGCCCCCCGGCUCCCCCGCCAGCGAGCUCAUGGACUGCAGCCCCGACAGCCCCGUCCCGGGCACGCCGCCCCCCGCGCCCCCGCCCGUCCCGCUGCCCCUGGCCAACGGCAGCUGCAUCAGCACCGCGGUGUCCGGCGCCCGGCCAUGGCCCCCCGACAGACUCCUCCCGCAGACCUGCGGCGCGCCCCGUGGCUGGGCGGGGGGGCUCUCGGAGCUGAGCGUGCCCUCCGUUGUGGACGGGGUGCCGCCGGAGCACGCGGGGGCCGCCCUGGGCCUGGGCGCGGCCGGCGGGGGCGUCCUGGAGCAGGACGAGGUGCUGUCCUGCCCUGCCUGCUGCCUGGGCCCCUUCGGCUUCAGCCUGGCCUCCGUGUGCCACCGGCCGGCGGCCAGCACGCCACGCUACCAGAACCUGCGCUGCGAGGCCAAGAGCCUGCGCUGCCCGGAGAGGCGGCAGCCGCGGCAGCCGCCGGGCCCUGGCCCUGUGCUCUCGGAGCCGAGCCUCAAGCUGCCGGAGGCGCAGUCCUGA